UUGGCCCGGGUGCGCGCGGUGCUCUGUGGGAAGUUGGAGGAGCGGGCGGGCAGAGGGAGGCGCGGACUCCGGAGCCACCGCCCCCUGAGGAGCCGCAGCGGAGCCGAGAGAGAACCCAAAGCUCAGAAGUGACUCAACAUGUCCCAGUCGGGCGAUAAAAAGCUUCCUUCGGAGACAGCGAGCUACGUGGGAUUUGCUAAUCUGCCCAACCAGGUGCACAGGAAGUCGGUCAAGAAGGGGUUUGAAUUCACCCUCAUGGUGGUCGGUGAGUCUGGCUUGGGAAAGUCCACCUUGAUCAACAGCCUCUUCUUGACGGAUCUGUACCCGGAGCGGUACAUUCCUGGCGCCGCAGAAAAAAUUGAGAGAACGGUUGAGAUCGAAGCGUCCACGGUGGAGAUCGAGGAGCGAGGAGUGAAACUCCGGCUGACGGUGGUCGACACGCCGGGAUACGGAGACGCCAUUAACAGUCAGGACUGCUUCAAAACCAUCAUUUACUACAUCGAUAAUCAGUUUGAACGGUACCUUCAUGACGAGAGCGGGUUGAACAGGCGCCAUAUUGUGGACAACCGUGUCCACUGCUGCUUUUAUUUCAUCUCCCCUUUUGGUCACGGGUUGAAGCCCUUGGAUGUGGAGUUCAUGAGAGCACUUCACGGCAAAGUGAACAUUGUGCCAGUGAUUGCCAAGGCAGACACCCUGACGCUGAAGGAGCGUGAGAGGCUGAAGCACAGGAUCCUCGACGAAAUCUCUGAACACGGCAUUCGCAUUUAUCAGUUGCCCGAUGCAGACUCUGACGAAGAUGAGGAGUUCAAAGAACAAACCAGAGACCUGAAGGCCAGCAUCCCGUUUGCUGUUAUUGGCUCUAACCAACUCAUUGAGGUCAAAGGGAAAAAGAUCCGAGGCCGCCUGUACCCUUGGGGUGUGGUGGAGGUGGAGAACCCGGAACACAACGACUUCCUGAAGCUGCGCACUAUGUUGGUGACGCACAUGCAGGAUCUCCAAGAGGUGACCCAGGAUCUGCACUACGAGAACUUCCGCUCGGAGAGGCUGAAGCGGAGCGGCGGGCCAGACGGGGAGGAGGUGGUGGACAAGGACCGGAUCCUUCAGCAGAAGGAGGCUGAGCUCCGAAGGAUGCAGGAGAUGAUUGCGCAGAUGCAGGCCCAGAUGCGGAUGAAGCCUGGGGAUGAGUGAGAGCCUCUGGGACGGCAGCAUGAGGUCCGGACGCUGCCGCUCUGUGAGGCGUUAACAGCACCGGUCACCCAGCAGACACGCCACCUCCCGGGGAGCCGCUGGACGAGGGGACGGAGCCUGCCCGACGGGCCAGGGAGCACGGCCGGUCCUGGGGAUCCUCUAACCCAGCCCGGGCCCCCCCUUCCUCUGCCGUUUGCUAACCGCUGCCUCGCUUUCCUAACGGGCCUCUCCCUUCCUCCUUGCGGACGCCUCUUUUCUCUGAAGCCCUGGCUCGCUCCGCACGAGCUCCUAUGGUGAACUCCCAGGAAAACGGCUGCUCGUUCCCGAGGGAGCCGGGCCCCUCCCUGCCCGCUCCGUCCCACGCGUCCAUUCGUGAUGUUUUUCCAAACAAAUGGACAGAUCCAAAAGUGCCUGGACGUCCGUGGAUAGAGAUCGACAGAAAUAUCCGCAGUGUCCUUCCGCCCGUCUGGGGCCAGCGUCCCUCCCUCGGGCCUGGGAGCCUCAGGCAGGCUGGCUCCCAACGCCGCCCCUAGUGCCUUGGGUGCAAACCCCCGUGGGUGGGCGGGCCGCCCACCUUGCCCUGGUGCCUUCUUUCCCUCGGGUGCCUUCUCCCUCAGCGAGCUCUUUAUAGGAACGGUGCUGCCCAAACCAGCCCUACGGCCGCGGCCCAGGGGCCGGCCCCCCUCGCCCCGCCUGCAGACGCUUGGGGAUCUCGUCUGCUUGAACCGGACCGUUUAAAAACCUCCCCGGGGACCACACUCUAGUCUUGCCACCUCCCAGUCCCUCAGUCACAGGCCCACUGCCCUUCUGCCGUUUCCUCUUCCCCCACUCUCCCUGACCCGGGGAACAGGCUGUGCCCGCACAUCCCCGCUGAGGGAACCAGGGCCCCCUCCCACAAUAAGCCGGACCGGCCUUUAGCCCUCAGGGAGUCGGGGGGCGGGGGAACUGCUGCUUCCUGGGAGCGUGUCCGCCCGGGUUGUUGGGACCUGCUGUGGCAGAGGGUCCGAGCCCGGGGCGGGCCAGCUUUGUGCCCUCCCGCUUUCCCGCUCCUCCUUCCGCCUUUCCUUCAGCCUCUGCUCUGGGACGGUACUUGGAGGAUCCCCCAGCAGGGGCCGCGGUACGCGUCGUGCCCCGGGAAUCCGUGGUGCUCUAACCCCGACUUGCGUGUAACCAGGCCCGCCUUCUGCGUCUUGUGACUCCGCGGAAUAUACUUAACCUCAUUAAAAGUUGCUGUCUCACGGUG